CAUUCAGUCUGUCCUCCCUGGUACAAGAAACCCAACCAGUCACUGACUCGAUAUGCUGAUGAACGAGAAUGUAAGCAAUGAUUGAGAAGGGUCAGUCGCUAAGAAACUGACUAACAAGCUUGUCAUUCUUUGAAUUCUACACACCAGUCAACCUGCAAGUAUGUCUCUAUGUGUCUCUUAGAGUCCAACAUGUCAAAGAGCAUAACUUAAAGAGGGAAAACAAAGAUAAAAUGUUGUUUUAAAAUGUAAAAGAAAAAAAAGAAUCUGAAUGUUUCUUGCACAUGAUAGAGGGACUGUGUUGUCCUGGAGGCCUUUUUAUUUGAGUCAUGUUUUCUAUAAACUAAUUACUGCUGAGGCUGGCAUGAUUCAGACACUUGAUUAGAAUGGCCUGACAAAAAAAAUUUGCCAUCAGCUCUGCAAACACACUGAAAUUGGGUUUUUGUGCUUUCAUCAGUACAAAUUUGCCCUUUUUGUCGGACGGGAUGACAGUUCCUCCGUGUUGUGAUGUGUGUCCCCAGUGGAGUGGAAAUCAGGCAGAGAUAAGGUCAGCCUGCUGGAUGGGGGAGAAGAGGGCAGGUUAAGCUUUUUUUUUUUCCGCUGAUGUGAGCGAGGAUGAGGCGUAUAAAUUUAGAGCUUUCAUCUUCACUUUAGUUCUUGCCUACCUGCUCCAACACAACACAACAGCAUCUCAACACAACAGUGAGUCCGUCAUGGAAGCCGCCAUAUGCACCCUCGUCACCCAGUUCAAGUCGUACGCUGGGAAAGACGGAUCCUCCAGCACCCUGAGCAAAGAUGAGUUCCAAAACCUGGUGAUCGCUCAGCUGCCCAACCAUGUCAAGAAUGCCAGCGACCCCCAGGCCAUCGAGCAGCUCAUGGGCUCACUGGACGAGAACAACGACGGGGAGCUGACGUUCUCAGAGUUCUGGCAGCUGAUUGGAAAACUGGCGAGCAAACAGGGGGGCUUCACUCAAUAAAAAAUGUGUCUUUGAGCCUGAUUGUGCAACAUCAACCAAUCGACUCAGUUUGAUCCCUUCAACAUUGUUUUAUCACUUCACCACAGCCACAUGUGUAACUCUUUAGUUAACCAUUUCUUGAAUGCAGGGAACUUUGAAUUAAAGGGCGUCAUUGUCCGUAAACCUCAGCCACCUACCUUA